ACGUCAAAGCUGGGCCCAUAUAAGCUGAGGGGACCCCAACCCACGGCCUCAAGCAGCCAUCCAGCUCCGACAUGGCCCAGCCAGCCCUCUGCAUCCGUUCCGUCUUUGGCCUCCAGUGCUUCUUCCUCUUCCUUCUCACCUCUUGGGAGGCAGGUGCUGCCACACUUCAAGAACCCCGGAAAACUGGCGAAUCCUCCACAUCUGAUCAUUUGUUCUCUCUGACUCCAGCCCCUGUUUCCAUUACGCCCUCUAACCACACGACUCUUCAUUCAGAACACAGCUCUCCAGACCCCCUGAAAUCUACAGAAACCCAUAAGCCAAAGCACCGAUGCACUACCACGCGCCGCUGCAAGCUGGCUCACCGCGCUGUAAACAACUCCCAAAGCGCCACAACUCAAGUUGCUCCUCCUGCUUCUGAACAGAACUCCAGCAAACAAGGAAUCGAGAAUAAAUAUGCUUCUGAGUCUAAUGCCACCGCUAAAACAGAUAAAAGGUCAGAUAGCGAAAGACUUACAACUACAGUAUCCAACAAAAAGAAUAUCACUUGUCUUAAGAGCACAACAAGUAGAUCAACAGUGACAAGCAAACCAGCCAAAGUUGUCACAUCAAGUACCACCUCAAACAAGACUACUGAAAAGGCAACACAAAAACCAGGAAAAGGGUUUGACGGCAAGCAGUCAACGACAGGGGGCCAUGAGAGGACCACAGGAACCCCAGAAAAGUCCACGGAACAUGAAGGAAAGACCACGGGGGACAAUGAGAGGGCCACUGGAGCCUCAGAAAAGUCCACCCAACACAAAGGAAAGACCACAUCAAACCAUGAGAGGACCACUGAAACCUUUGGAGGCCCCACAGGACACGGAGAAAAGAUCACAUCGGGCCAUGAGAACACAGCAGCCACAGAGAACAUAAGACCUCCAGUGAAACACACAGGAGACGCAUCCGUCAGCACUAUAUCUCCUUGUACCAGUAACACUGAGGCUUCUCGGCGUGUAUCCACUGGUUCUGUUACACCCACCAGGUCGAUUGUGUCAGAAGUCCCCAACAACAAGAGCCAUCCACAGCAGAACAAAGAUGACUUACAAGGAGGUGUCCAUGAGGGAGAAACAGAAGGGAGUGAUUCCUUCCCCGCAUGGGCCAUAGUGGUUGUGAUCCUGUUGAGUGUGAUUCUCCUUCUGGUGUUCAUAGGCCUGAUUGUCCUGGCCUGCUACUUGGCUCGAACACGCCGUGCAUUGAUCCAGAACACUGAGAAUAAUGACUCGGAGAAUGUUGGGGGCUCCAAUUCCUACCCAGUUUACCUGAUGGAGCAACAGACUCUCGGCCCAUCCCAGACCCCUGGCCCACGAUGAUCAUUCAGAAGUUGCCCACCCCCAGCUUUUCCAUGACCUUUCCCUUUCCUGGAUGAGACCCAUAUAACAGGGACCCACAAGUGUGAGUCCCACAAGUGAGACCCACAUUUCUAUCCCCUGGACUCCAAGAAGGGCAAAGAACUGAGAGUUAACACGCUAA